AGCAGAGAAGUCAGGAGACUCGAGCUUUAAUCAGUCCCGCCUUUUAAUAGCGGGUGCCGUCUGCUCACCGCCAGAUAACUCUUCCACCUGUCAGUGGAUAGAAGGGACGCAAUGAUUCGCAUGUACGGAAUAUGUCUGACCGUUAUAGCUCUAGCUGUGACGGUCAACGCGGCUACAAAGGGAGCAGAGAUUAGCGCUGACAGUGAAUUUCAAAAGUUUAGAAGCCAGUCAUCCAUCCGAUGUAGUAAUAAUGUAGGGACGGGCAAUCAGGAGUCGAAAUUACUCAACACUGAUGCCAAAAGACAAGCGUUCCGGCAAAAACUAACGGCUGAGCAACAAACAUUUUUUGACAAACUAGUCAAUAGUCCAGAUCACUCGGUCGACACGUUCACGGGAGACCAGCUGAUGAUGCCUCUGUGGAAAGUGAUGGAGGACCUGACCGACAGUGACAGGGACAUGUUCAUCGACAUCCGGUCCAAGUGGGACACCGUUACGUACGACGAGCUGGUCGCCUUCCUCGGGAAGAUUCGACCCGUCGAACUACUCGUCGUCAAGAAAGAGCUGCUGUGUGAGUUGACGGGCAAGCUGGACGAGGCUGCGCUCGACGUCGUGUGUGGCCGCGUGGCCAACGACUCCGUCACAGACAGCGAGAUGGCCAUCGCCUUCGAAGACCGCUGUUCGGACUGCGUCGCUCUCGCCUGGAAGAAGAGGGCUUCAGACAAUGUGCGCGCGAUCGUGUCGGGCGCUAAAGGGGCGUUCCUGUACGAGAAGAUGGCGCAGACGAUCCCGGCGGACCAGUGGGACGUCAACGGGCUGAUGUUGGCUCCCGACGCCGUCACACCCGAGGACGUCAACAGAGUGCCAGACGCAAAUUUCUGUGACAGCACUCAAAGAGACAGACUUACCAAGUCCGAGUUUCAUUCUGUCGUGUCGGAAGACGUGAAAAAGGCAGUUGCACGGAAACUGGCGAAGUGUUCCGAUCUUCAGGACGUCGGUUCGUGGAGCGCCGCCAAUAUCAAAAAGCUUUCUCCGUACCUGGCCAACUUGCCAAAGACAUCACUUUUCAAAAUCAAAGUUUCCGACGCAGUGGACAGUUUGAACGAGUUGUUCGCUCUCGACAAAAAGACCGCUGAAGUCAUCUUCAAAGCGAUGGCUCCGAAACUGAUAACCUACUGGACUGUAAACAAGGCUUGGACUGCAAACCAGAAAACCAAAAUCCUGUGCAUCAUGGUGAAAUACGCACCCAACAAACGUUUCUUCGAGAAAGUGGCGACGGUGGACGAUCUCAAGGCUUUCCUCAGAGAUAAGGAGACACAGUGUCCAGGACAGACCUUCGACAGUAAGGAGAUGCGACCGAUCACGGAUCGAGUCGCGUCGGACGAUACGUUCAAAUGGGAAAGUGACUCGUUCUCUGACUUCGGUUCAAGCAUAUCUUCCCUGUCCUCGUCCGACCUGAAGAAGGUCAACAAGAGCGUCAUCUGCAGCGACUGGGACAAGGUGAAGGACGCACACUUCAAGACUCAAGAUCUGAAACAUUUGUGGAACGUGUGUAAAAUGGAAAAAAGCUACUCGCUGGGCUCGUUCACGUGUGAUAAAGUCAAGUCUAUCGGGGUCUUCCUACAAGCCAUGACCAAGGCAGAGAUUGACGAAAUCCCUGUAAACACUCUGGCAGACUGUGCAGAGCAGGUCGGGAAGGCUCUCAACGACGUCUGCAAGACCAACAAGGGAGUGUGCAGGGCCGUCUGGAAUAGGGUAGGUACAGGGCCGUCUGGGAUAGGGUAGGUGCAGGGCCGUCUG